AGCCAUGAAUUACAUUCGAAUGUAAUGAAGGAAAACAAGACAAAACAUCAUUCAAACCAACGGAAAAGUGAAGUAUUUCAAGUUACACAUAGGAUAUGCAUGAUGCAGUGCAAUCCCAUGCCAGGGCCAGGCAUGUACCACGGGGAUGUCGGAGAUCUUCGCUUCUCUGGAAGCCACGUGGAGAGUGGAUCUGUACGUGAAAGAAGAGAUGGGCUAAAUACUAGACAGAUACGUUUUGACCCUUCAUAUCUGGAUUUUAACGAGCAGUCAGUAGGAAUGCCAAGAAUUAAAACUGUAACAAUAAUAAAUCCAAAUACAGAACAGAGUCUACAUCUACAAUCUAUAUCUGGAAGCACAGUACAUUUUCAUGCUUCUUUUUUCCAGGCAAAAAUAGUACAGCCACUAGGAAAUACAACAUUUGAAAUAGUUUUCCUUGCAAGAUUAGUAGGAAAUGUAGAAAAUACUUUAUUUAUUCACACCUCCAAAGGAGUUUAUCCAUAUCAGGUCUUUGGUGUUGGAGUGCCUAAUCCAUACAGAUUAAGACCAUUCCUGGGUGCAAGAGUACCCGUCAAUUUUUCAUUCACGUCAUUAAUUAAUAUGCACAAUCCAUUUAACAGUCCAAUACAGGUAAUAGAGAUGUAUUCAAGUGGAGGAGAUCUCCACCUUGAACUUCCUUCAGGGUUAGAGGAAGCCCCACAAAAACACUGGGAAAUUCCUCCAUACGAAACAAAAGCCUUAAUGAGAGUCAGCUUUGAAGGGCGUUCACCAAAUAACCACACAGCUUUCAUACGCAUUAAAACAAGUAAUGCUACGCCUGUUACAGAGUUUUUAAUUCUUCCUGUGGAAGUCGAAGUUACAGCAGUUCCAGGUUUAUUUCCAUCAGUAGAUCUCCUUGACUUUGGGACUCUAAGAACCAUGGAUGAACCUAAAGCUGUUGGAGUCUACUUACUUAAUUCUGGCCCAAAGCAAGUUCACAUAUCUUCAAUAAUAGCAGAGCCAGCAAAUAAUGCCGUAUCUGUCACAUUCACUCCUCUUAAUUUAAAGCCAGGAAAUAAAUAUAUCAAAGUUGCUACAGUCACAUUUUCUGCAUAUCACGUUAAGCGCAGCAGACAAAGUAAUGGGAAAAUACAAAUUAAAACAAACAGCAAAACAGCACUUAAACUAGAGCUACCUUACCAAGCCAAUGUAUUACAAGGGACUAUUGCAUACUCUGUGAGCAAAACAAGAUUCUAUGUGGGCAAGCCACCGUUUGUACCUGUCAUUCGGGAAUUACCAAUCACUAAUACUUUUGCAUUUACCAUGGUGAUAUAUGAUGCAGCAUUCCCUCCUGAAGUGGAAAGCCUCUUCUCAAUUAUUAACUUUACCAAACCAGCCAUGAUAUCCCCUCAAAAGACUUCAACUCCAUUUUAUGUGCAGUUCCUGGCUAACGGUUCUGAUACAGCUUUUUCUACCAUAUUACGAGUCUAUACUAAUGCAUCAAUAUUCACUAUACCUAUACACUGUUAUGAUGGCAAAGUCAAGUAUAUUAUUGAUGGUCUUGAGGAAGACAUAGUUGAUUAUGGAACAGUAGGAACAAGAGAAAAGAGAACGAAAUUAUUAAAAAUUUAUAAUACCAAUCCUGUAGAGGUGACAAUAUCCAAAAUAACAUGUAAUGUAGACUUUGCCUCAGUAAAAUUACUUGAUGUACGACUAAAUGGUAGUAAAAAUAAUAACAACAAUACUUCAUCUUCUAAAGUCAAUGAAUUAAGAAAAAGUGAACACGUCAAGGUAAGAAGAAUCAAGGGAACUAUUUCCACUUUUAAUCAUA